CAAAAUCCCCGGGAAACAUCCACACCCCAGACCAUCCACUCCCUGAUGGCCCAAUCCGCUAUCCCAGCUACUCUGUACCACCCGCUCCAGCUUAUCGUUGGCUUCGCGGGCCCCGCCGAUACCGCUGCUUUCUUCGAAUCUCCAAGUCCGUACAUGGAGUGCGUUCCCCAGACGCCAACCCCGGAUGAUGCAAUGUUAGCAGCCGAGUUUCGCUUGAUUACCCACCAUGUUUCCCUACACGACACCUACAGCACAUAGUACCAUGCCGUCUCAGUUUCCACCUCGGACAUUGGCCCAUAAUCCUUCGGUCUGCAGCUCGGCAGCAUAGGCGCUGGCCGAAUGACCGAUUUGGACUCGUCCGCGUCCCGGUCUGGGGUCGGGUUCCCACCCAUUCUCUCCAGACUUUCU